CUUGCUAAAAGUUAAUAGCCGGAAACGGUAGUAAUCAUAAUAUAAAUAAACAAUAAACUGUUUUUUGUGCCGCUCUUUUGUUGUGAGGCAUUUAAUUAAUUUUUUAAACAAUAUAGUUUCUUAAUGUUGUAAUAUUAAUAAUUAUUGUACGCUACGCUUAAAAAAUAUUCAAAAUAUACAUCGUUUAUUACUUUUUUUUAGUUUUAUAAUAUUUUUUUAAAGUUAAGGUUAUUUUGUAUUGUUUUACAAGGGAUGAAAAAGUCUAGCAUUUUAGAUUAUUUUACGUGUCAGUCUGAUAUUACAAAAGUUAACUGCCCUGCUUGUAAUCUAAUUGUCUUUAAAACAAAAUUAAAUGAGCAUUUAGAUAAUAAUUGUUCUAGUGCAAUAUCUGAAUAUCAGCUUAAAAGUUCGCUUUCAAGUGAGAAAAGUAAUCCUAAUCACAUUAAAAAAACUAAAACAUCGAGCAGGCUUAAUUUAAAAACUCAACGGAAAAAACCGUCAAAACCUGCUACUGCAGAAAAAAUAUCUAACCAAACUGUACUAAGUGAUUUGGAUGAUGAAGUUGUAUUCUUAAAUGAGGUGCCGACAUCAAUAAAUGCCCGUAAAAAAAUCGGAAAUGAUUUGAAUGCCAAACCAUUAGUUUCCUCAUUUCCAGUCAAAAGAAAUUCAAAAUUAAAGAUCAAGUCAAAUGAAAAAAUAAAAAGUACUGAACAUACAUCAUCUUCUAAACAUAGUUAUGAAAUUACUUCACGUCAUAAAACCACCUUAAAGAGUAAUUCUAAAAGGUCUGGUAACGUAUCUAAAUCUAACCGUUCAGCAAAACUCGUCAAAUCAGAAACUCAUGACAAUGCUAUGAUCAAAAUACCUGCUUCUUGCUCUCAGGAGAACAAUAAUGAGUUCAACAAUGAUGUCUCAUAUAUGAGCUCUUGUCCAGCUUCUCUUUCAGAAUCAUCUGUAAUGAAUAAUAAUGAGUUAAGCAAUGACAGCUUUCAGAAUUUAAAAAAAACCACAUUAAAGAGAAAUUCUAAAAGAUCCAGUAAUUUAUCUACUAAAUUUAAUAGACCAACAAAGCUUAUUAAAUUAGAAACUGAGAUUGAAGUUCAUGUUGCAUGUGAUAAGAAUUAUAAUGUUGCAGUUCAAGUAUCAACAUCUUGUUCUCAGGGAAACAAUGACGAGUUGAACAAUGAUGUCGUAUAUCUGAAUUCUGAAGUGAGCUCUUGUCAAAUCUCUGCUCCUUUAAGAUCGUCUCAAUGUAUUAAUAAUGAGUUGAACAAUGAUAGCUGUCCAAAUUUUGAAGUGCACUCUCGCAAGACUUUUUCUCCUUUAAGUAAAAAUAUGAAAACUGAGAAAACAUUAUCUACUGAAAAUGAGAAUAAUAAUUCUAUAGAUAUGCAUGAAAAGAUAGAAAAAAGUAAUUUUAAAAAUGAAAAUGUAUCACUUGAAGUGAAUAAAGAAUUAGAUGAUGUUAAACAAUGUUUAGAUGACAUGAGUGCAUUUUCUGAGUUAUCAGAUAGUAAUGAAAAAGAAGAGCCUGAAUCUACAAAGCAAACUUAUACACCCUAUUACAUCGCCAAUUUUAGACAUAUUUUACAUUGUGUUUUAAAUGUAGAUGAUAAUAAAAUUCUUUUUAAUGAAGAAGAUAUGAAUUUUGUGAAUGCUUUUAAUUCCAUAUCAGAUACUUCUCAAAAAUUGUAUGUUCGGCUAUUCCAAAGAAAAUAUAAAUGGUUAAGAUGUGAUAAAAUUAAUUAUCCUGAUAUUACUACCAAUGCAUUCCUAUGUUUAGAGGAGCUUUCUAAAGCUUGUCUAGUUGAUUCAAGCAUCAGUGAUAUGGAUUUAGAGACUGCACUAAAUCUCUUGUCUUUGCCUGAGGCUAAAUGUUUGGCAAAACAUUUUAAUUUCAAUUCUGCAAAAAAUAAAGAAGAGAUAAAAUCUAUGCUUAUCAAACAUAGUAAACAGCACAAAUCAGUGUUCUUUAUGAAUGAUAAAAAUGGCAUUGAAAAGAUGAUUCUAAAAAAGAUUAAGCAAACAAUAGGACCUUGUUACAGGUUGUCACUUUUACCAAAGAAGCUUUUUACAAGAAUAUUAAUGCUUUUCAACCUUACGUUGUUGUCUGAAGAUGAUGAUGAUUCUGCUGCAGGAGGUCAACAACAGCAACUACUUACUCUUCUACAAGUAAAUAAAGGUGAACUAGUUUUUCCUGAGUAUAAAUGCACCAAAGAAAUUGCUAUUUUUGCAAAUAGAGAUGAACUUAUUAGGUAUGCAGAAGCUCGGCAGUUAGAAACUGAUAUUCUUGUUGCAGUUGAACAUAAGAAAUUCGAAAGAGCAAAAGAAUUAUUUAUUGAAGCAAAAGAAGAAUAUGAAGACCAGUUAUCAAGAGAUUAUAUUGAAAGAUCUUCAUCUUUACCUAUUUUUCUGAAAAGAUAUACUCCUUAUCAUGUUUAUAUUCGCUGCAUGACUCAGGGUGUUGAAAUUCUGCAAAGGUUAAGACAGUAUAAAGAAGCUGUUUCUUUAUUGCGCAUGCUAUUGCAUCAAAAUGUAUUUUGUCAGGAUUACAAAGGCCGGUGGUACGAUAGGUUAGCUUUAAAUUUGGAGCAACAUUUAAAAAAGCCCCAAGAAGCUCUUAAGGAAAUACAAAAUGCCCUAUCAGAUAAAAAUGUUAGAAAGGGAUACAGGUACUCUUUACUUAUACGAGCCUUGAGACUAACAAAGUCAUUAGAUGAUGAAGAUGAUUUUAAAAAGCAAGUUCUGAGGGAAGCAGAUGUCAUUGAAGCUCCUAAAGUUAUCAUAAAAGGGCGAUUAUGUCCUCGUUCUAUACUUGGACGGAGACACGUUUUUAUAUCUUCCUCAAGUGUCUGCUCUAAUGAAGAUGAAGUUACUAUUUUGAACGUUGAGCAACUUACUUUAGAACAUUACAAAGAAGAUGGUUAUCCCGAAGGUAUUCAUGGUGAAGGUUCUACUUUUAUAUCCCUCUAUGCGCUUCUGUUUUGGGAUAUAAUUUAUGAUGGCAGCAUACCUGAUGUAUUUAUUUGUCCAUAUCAGACCCAUCCAUUAGACCUUAAUACAGACUUAUUUUUCCUGAAUCGUGAGAAACAAAUAACUUCCCAUUUAGAAGCUUUAAAAAAUGCUUCAAAUGAAGACUUGAAAGAAAUAGUGAAAACUACAUGGGAAAAUCAUCAUGGUAAAGCCUCUCUUGUGUCAUGGGAUCACUUUGUAGAUUUAGAAUAUGUUCAGGGACUAGUUGUUUGCUUAGGAAGUCAUAUUCUGUGUGGAAUCUGUGAAAGAUUAGCUAAAGAUUUUAGAUUCACAAGAAGUGGAGUUCCAGAUUUAGUAGUUUGGAAUCCUGAAACUUUGAAAGUUAAAAUUGUUGAAGUAAAAGGACCAGGUGAUAAACUUUCAUCCAAACAGAUUCUAUGGCUUGAUUAUCUAAUUAAAUUAGGAGCAGACGCAGAAGUUUGUUUAGUUGAGGCUGAAGCCUCAAAGAAACUCAGGAAAUGAAGCAGUUUACUUUGUUAUUAAAUGCCUUUAGUUUUUAUAAAUGAGAUAUUUUAUCUUUAUUUUUUUCAAUAAAAAGAAUAAUUCAUA